AUGAUUCCCCGGUUUCUUUUAUUAUUAGCGUUUAUUGUCGGAUUCGCGAAAUGUCAAUACAAUAAUCAACAAUACAAUCAAUAUGGAUCCAGCGGACAAAAUUCAUAUGGGGGUUUGAACAGCAAUAGCAAUAAUAACCGCAAUAAUUAUGGAAGUUCGAAUUCCUGGGGCUCGCAAAAUUCGUUUCAAAACUCAGCAGCUGGGUCCGGACAGACUCAAAAUCAGAAUAGGGGAUUAUUCAAUAAUCAAGCUCUCACUCCAUACAAUACUACUACAACAACGCAAACCGAUAGUAAUAAAGGAGUGACAAUUCAAUUUCAACUUCGCGGAUUCUCGAAUCCGUCUUCGUCGCUUCCCAGUGGCAACACAUGCACAUGUCCACCUGGACAAACAUGCUCUUUUCUCAAAACGAGUCCAAGAUGCUACUUCAGUUUCACAUUCAUCAUCUCAUCUCCAGACGAAUCGGUGCGCUAUCAUAUGACGGACUUCUACUAUCUAGAUCAAAAUGGAAUUCUUCCGCAAAGUUCGCAAAAUUCGUGGGGUCAGAGCUAUGUGAUGCAGCUUGCUUCGAAACCAGCCGCCAUCGAUGUUUUCGCCCACCAUUUGGGUGCAGUUAUCACACAAUCUGGCCAAUUAGUGCAGGAUGAUACUUUGACACAUGUUGACACUUUUGUAGUCCCACUUCUUGACACGAUUCCCGCUGUUGAUGGUGUUCAGAAUAUGAAUCAGCAGAGAACCUAUCAAGGAAAACUUCUCGGCAGCUCUCUGUCGUUGUCAUUCUCGAUUUCGUGCUCAGGAAAACUGAUCGGACCAGCUUGCGAUUUGACAUGCGAACCUUCAAAAAUCAACACGAACACGGCUGCAUGCAAAUCGAAUACGACCGGCUUCUACUCAAUUUGCAGUUACAUUUCCGGUGGCCAAGUAGAUCACUGCAAGAAUUGUCCGUGGGGAAUUCGAGAAGGAACUUAUUGCCAAGACGAGCAUGGAGAUGUUCUUGAUCCGAAAGAAGCGGGCCUUGUGGGCUCAGGCUGGCAAACGGCCACUAUUAUUCUCGCCGUUAUUGCAAUCCUGCUCCUUCUUUGGCUCUGUGCGGUUAUUAUCUUCGUUUGUUUCAAAAGCCGGAAGCAACAAGUCGAUCGAGAAAUGUCGACAUUCCGAAAAUCCGAAGAUCGCCAACCGCUUCAUCAGGCCUCAUAUCGACAAGAGCCACCGCAAACUCCUCCGCGUACGGCGAUGCUUCCACCUCCAAUGGACCAACAACCAAAGAAAUCAGCGAUGCGCAAACCAAACUAUUCACCUGUUGGUGGUGACGACUCAAGCUUUACCAGCGACGUUCCAGUUCGACCGAGCCGCAGCGAGGUCGUCUAG